GGGUCCAGGCAGCUAGAUGUGAACAGAAGUAGUCAUACAGAGGAUGCCCAAAGUGUAAGCGAAAGAAAUAUGAAAGACAUACAGGAACCCAACCUUGGUAACUGUCCACCUAAGCAAAAGCUGUAACGGAACAAAUAGACAUAUUAUUAAGUCACAGAGGAAGUGUACAAAGCCGGCAGCACAGAAAAGCUUGAGUGCUUUACAACCGUCUAACAGGAAGACGUUACCUGGUUUUAAACGACAAUUUCCACGUUUUAAAUUUAAUCUGAACCAAGCUGUGAAAUGUAAAGAAACUGCAUUUUUCCCCCACAGUAGAAUCCGUUAUGUUUCGUCUGGGUUACAUCGAUUUACGUUUUCUUAAUGUGCUUUCUGUCUUUCCUUCUUGGCAGUUUGGUAUGCUGCCAGUUCCUAUACAGAAUACGACUGAAAGGAUUUAUUCUGUGAUGAGAGAAUACUGGUAAACAGAGAAUUCCGAUGUGGAACGUUUGGUUUAGCACAAUUCCUUUCUGAACGAGAGAGCCAUGGAGUGCUACUUCAGAAGAAGGAGGGUGUUGAAGACCUUACUGAGUUUUUUCUUUGUCGUUGGCACCGUAGUUACCAUCCACAAGCUGAAAAUGGCCGAUGAACGGUUAAAGAGGACAGAACAGACGUUAAGGGUUGCCUCUGGACUGUUACCUCAGUCAGAGAAUACUUUUUGGAAGAGUAACAGUCUCAGCUAUAACAACAGCGCAUCAGCUAGCCUUCUAGAGGGUGCUGCAGUCGGCUCUUUUCUGAAUACUUCAAACCUAACUAGUUCAGUCUGGGACAUUAGAAGACAGCAGUGUUUUGAAAACUCAUCACUGAAGGCGCAGGACUGGUUCAAGAGAUUAGAUGUUAGAUUUCAACAGUACGUGCUGUACAGACAUUGCAGGUAUUUCCCAAUGCUUCACAACCAUCCUGAGAAAUGUCAGGGAGACAUUUACUUACUGAUAGUGAUUAAGUCAAUGACUGAGCAGCAUGACAGAAGGGAAGCAAUAAGAAAAACAUGGGGCAAAGAACAAAAUGUGUAUGGAAAAAAAAUUAGGACUUUGUUUCUUCUGGGGAUACCAAGCAUGGGAAAAGACGUCAGGAACCUUCAACAAUUGAUAGAGUAUGAGGACAGAUUAUAUGGUGACAUCCUGCAGUGGGAUUUUAUGGACACUUUUUUCAAUCUAACUCUUAAAGAGAUCAAUUUUCUUAGAUGGUUUUCAAUCUACUGUCACCAGGUCCAGUUCAUAUUUAAAGGUGAUGAUGACAUAUUUCUGCAUACUAAGAACCUGUUAGAUUUUAUUGAUUUCAAAAAAGACCACAACAAAGUUUCAAAUCUUUUUAUUGGGGACACUAUUGCUAAAGCAAUUCCUAUUAGGAGUAGGCAGAGUAAGUAUUAUGUUCCCAAAGAAUUGUAUGAUAAUAAACUUUAUCCCAUUUAUGCUGGUGGAGGGGGGUUCUUAAUGGCCUCUACCUUGGCUAAAAAGUUGUUUACAGUUUCAGAAGAGAUCCAACUCUACCCUAUAGAUGAUGUUUUUUUAGGAAUGUGUCUGCAAAAGAUAGGUGUCCUUCCUGAACCCCAUCCAGGGUUUAAGACCUUUGGAAUAGUUAAGCGUAAGAACAGUGCAAUGAACAAUGAUCCCUGCUUAUAUAGAGGUCUGUUGGUAGUCCAUAAACUGAGCCCAGAAGAACUGUUAAAGAUGUGGGAAACUGUGCACCAUGGAACAAUCAUCUGUGCCAAAUCAUUUCAUAUAAUUUAAUAAAAUAUUUAAUCAUA